AUGGUCACACUUUUAGGGGCUUAUGAGAAGAAUAAUGCUAGUAUGUUUCAGAUUCUUAAGUCAAGGGAUAGCUUAAAGAAAAUAGGUGGUUCUGUUGUAGGCCAUAAGUAUAUACGCAGAGAUAGAAGGCAGGGUCAUGACAGAUUGUUUGCAGAUUAUUUUGCUGUAAAUCCAGUGUAUUCACCUACAAUAUUUCGAAGACGUUUUCGAAUGCGUCGUCCUUUGUAUCUGCGAAUUUUGAAUGCAAUCCAAGCACGCAAUUCAUAUUUUGUUCAAAAACAAGAUGCAGCUCAUGUAGUUGGAUUAUCUCCCCUACAAAAAAUGACUUCAGCGAUGAGAAUAUUGUCAUAUGGUGUCGCAGCAGAUGCAGUUGAUAAUUACAUACGGGUUUCCGGGUAUGUUGAGAAGUUUAGAUUGCAUGCAUUGGGAGUGGACAAAUUGUCUAAAGGCAUGGCAAGGUCAAUACGUAGGCCAUCAAAAAAGUCAACCAUUAUUCUUGAAGCAGUAGCAUCUUAUGACUUACGGAUUUGGCAUGCAUUUUUUGGAAUGCCUGGCUUACACAAUGACUUGAAUGUGUUGGACCGAUCGCCUUUGUUUUCUGAUCUUGCGCAAGGUAAAGCUCCCCCUGUCCAUUACACUAUUAAUGGACAUAGUUACGAUAUGUGUUAUUACCUUGUUGAUGGUAUAUACCCUCAAUGGGCAACGCUGGUUCAAACAAUUUCUUCUCCCCAAGGAGCAAAGAGACAACAUUUUGCAAUGAUGCAAGAGUCUGUCAGGAAAGAUGUAGAGCGGGCAUUCGGAGUCCUUCAAUCUCGAUUCGCAAUAAUAGGUGGUGCUGUACAUUUUCGAGAUCCGAAAAUGCUUGUCAACAUAAUGAAGAGUUGCAUUAUAUUACAUAAUAUGAUUGUCGAAGAUGAGAGGGAGGAGCACCUUGAUUUCGAUUAUGAAAUUUCAUCAACCAACACACCAGUGCAACUUUCCUCUACUCCUACCAAUGACUUCCAAUCAUUUUUGUCUCGUCAUUUAGGUAUUAGAGAUAAGGAUGCAUAUCAUGCCCUCCGUAAUGAUUUAGUAGAACAUAUGUGGCAUCUUCAUGGUGAAAACUAA